AGGGAAUCAUUCAUCGGUGACAGAAAAUGGCGAAGACUCUCCAAGUCGAUCAAGUUCGAGCUCAACUCGCCCAGCGUGGACUCAGUACCACUGGAACCAAGCCCAUUCUGGUGGCGAGACUCGAAGAGGCAAUUCGAGAAGAAGAAGACAAUCAAUCAGUGGAUGUCAGCAAGAAGCGAGCUAGGGAUUCUCUUGAUGAAAAUGAUGGUUCCAGCAAAACUCGGGUCGUUGACAAGUUCCGUGGAUUUGGUCUUAAGCAAUUGCGAGAAGAAGCUACUCGUCGCGGCUUAUCUUCCACUGGCACCAAGAAAGAGCUUCUCGAGAGGCUAUGUGAUGAUGCGGAUUCAUUGGAUGGAAAGCCUGAUAGUAUUCGUCCAGCGGAGGAGGAAGAGUGUAAGGAGAAAAUAGUCACCGCUACCAAGAAGGGUGCGGCAGUGUUGGACCUAUGGCUUCCCGAUCACAUAAAGACACAGUAUCAUGUUCUCCAACUGGGUGAUGAUAUUUAUGAUGUCAUGUUAAAUCAGACAAAUCUUACUGAUAACAACAAUAAGUUCUAUGUGGUGCAACUACUAGAGUCUGAUGAUGCUAGGACAUAUAUGGUCUACAAUAGGUGGGGUAGGGUAGGCAUAAAGGGUCAAGACAAGUUAUUUGGACCCUAUAACAUGCGAGAGGCUGCAAUUGCUGAGUUCGAAAAGAAGUUCUACGACAAGACAAAGAAUCAUUGGUUUGCCAGGAAGGAGUUUGUGUUUCAUCCGAAGUGCUAUAUGUGGUUAGAAAUGGAUUACGAUGGGAAGGAAAAAGAAUCAGUUACAACCAAGAAUCCUUCUCAUACUUCAGAAAUUCAAUCCCGGGAAACAAAGCUUGAGCCAUGCCUUGCUAAAUUUAUCUCUCUCAUUUGCAAUGUUAGUAUGAUGGUGCAGCAAAUGAUGGAAAUAGGAUACAAUGCUAAUAAGCUGCCACUUGGUAAGUUCAGCAAGUCAACAAUUUUAAAGGGCUAUGAAGUCUUGAAGAAGAUUGCUGAUGUCAUUGACAAACCGAACAGGAGAAAACUUGAGGAAUUAACUGGGGAGUUCUACACUGUUAUACCUCAUGACUUUGGGUUUAAAAAAAUGCGAGAGUUUGUAAUUGAUACGCCUCAGAAGUUGAAAUGCAAGUUGGAAAUGGUUGAAGCUCUAGGUGAAAUUGAAGUUGCAACAAAAUUGUUGGCUGAUGACACCGAAAUGCAGGAAGAUCCCUUGUAUGCCCAUUAUCAAUGCCUUAAUUGUGAGCUGAUGCCAGUUCAAGUUGAUUCCGAAGAGUUUAUUAUGAUUGAAAAGUAUAUGCAGAACACUCACGCCAAAACACAUUCAAGCUACACAGUUGAUAUUGUUCAAAUAUUCAGAGUGUCACGAGCUGGUGAAGUUGAACAGUUUGGAAAGUUUGCCAGUUCAAGCAAUAGAAUGCUCUUGUGGCAUGGUUCUCGUCUUACAAACUGGACUGGCAUUCUAUCCCAAGGUUUACGGAUUGCUCCUCCUGAAGCACCUUCAACAGGUUACAUGUUUGGAAAGGGGGUUUACUUUGCUGACAUGUUCUCAAAAAGUGCAAAUUAUUGCUAUACUACUCGCUCAUCUACUGAUGGUGUGCUGCUUUUAUGUGAGGUUGCAUUGGGUGACAUGGCUGAACUCACACAUGCAGAUUAUAAUGCUGACAAAUUGCCAAAGGGAAAGCUAAGCACAAAAGGAGUAGGUAGAACAGCACCUAAUCCUUCAGAAGCUCAGGGACUCGAGGAUGGCGUUGUUGUUCCUUUAGGAAAGCCAGUAGACCAGUCAAGCCAUCAGGGGGCUUUAUUGUACAAUGAAUACAUAGUGUACAAUGUAGACCAGAUUCGGAUGAGGUAUGUGAUUCAAGUGAAAUUCAAAUAUCAUUGACAGGCACGAGGAUGUUAUUUUGCGAAGGUCGCAGAUUUGCUGGUGGCUGGCGUGACAAGUUUAGUGUUUGUUUUCAUCAUGCAAAUUACUGGUGUAGCAUAGUUGUGCUUUUUUCACCUUUUGGGGAGGAACCGGUUAUGAGGAAAUUUGAGCUAUAAAUGUUAUUUGUAUGUUAUGGGUAUUAAGUUGAUACAUGUAAAAAUUAAAGCCCUAGCUUUAAUUGCCUAAAGAACUUAGGACUUAGUAAGAAGAUACCUUAGUAGUUUUAACUGAUACCAGAAUUGGCUCUCGGAAAGUGUACAAGUAGACGAGGAAUGAUGUAAUGAGGCUUAUGCAUAAAUGAAUAACAAUCCCUCUAUUCUCC